UCCAGUGUCUGAGCUUUUCCAGAAAGAAGAGAACCCAGAAAUCAGAUACCAGCUAGAAGAAGACAACUUCUUGGAUUUCGAAGCUCUCUUGAUAAGGCGAGACGACUGAGUUCAGUCCAUAGAUAUCCCCGACCAGUAAGGCGAAAAGAGAUCAAAUCUGGAAGUGAAGCUAGCACCGUGUAGUCGCCCACCGAGAAGGAGAAGACCAGUUCUUGGACUUGGAAGCCCUCUCGAGAAGGAGACUAAGGAGAAAAAGUAUUCCAGAACGUACAUCUUCAUUUACCUAGCUCGCCGUUGUGUCUCUUUGAAACAGGUAGUUUUUGAAAUUGUCUCAUAUUUUCUUCCACUUGAACCGGAACAAGUAGUUGUCGAAUUGAUUUGGCAUUGAAUUGAAAUGGGUAGGGGUUUGUAGUAAUUUAGAAAAAGGGAUGGAUUGAAGUCAAUCUCUUCAUGUGAAGUUUAAAAGAAAAUUCCCUACUUCGUUUAUCUUUAUCAGCCAAUCCAGUAGUUGCUUCAUGAACCUAAUGUUAAAUUGUGAUUAAAGAAAAAAUAUGGAUGGUUGAACCCGGUAUAAAGGGAAACAAAACAGGGAUAGUUUUAGCUACGAUUCUCUGUUGUCAAUGGAAAAAUAUUGCCAGAAAGUUUGCUUACAUCUGAUUGUGGGUAUUGUUCCUAGUCAAGAGCUGAUUUAGCACUUAAUGCAGAUAACCACAUUAUAGUCCUCAUUUGUAAAUUCAGCAGCAAUAUUUGCAUCUAUAGAACUCUCGCUCGUCCCAGUCUUCUAAGAUGCUUUCAGGAUCAAUUCAGUCCAUAAGAACUGCCUUCCCAAUUUGUUUAUUUAAAUGUUAUAUGUAAACCCUUUCACCUGAUAUAUACAGUCAUGGGUUGCAAUGUGCAAGUUCCCCGACAAUAAAAGAUGCAACAGGUGGUGAAACCAUGCCAUGAUGCUCUCUGGAAUUAAGGCCAGAAUACUCUGAACUGCACUUUUCACAAAUUGAUGGUUCUAAACUGUUAUUUCCCUUUAAAGAAAAAUAAAAACUAACUUCCAAGGCAAUGUUUUGAGAAGUGUUGCUUAUUCUCAUAUUCCCUUUUUUUAUUCUUUAAUUUAUUUGUCAUUUAGUGUAAAGAGUGGAACCGAUGGAUGAAGUUCAAGUGCGAGUGCGACUGUGCGAGUAGUUAUUUUUGCAAAUGGGAAAAAUUGCCAAAAAGUCCAACUCUAAUGUUUGAAUUUAUGGGACACCGGUGAAACAUCCUCCAUAUAUAUUCAUAAAUAAUCAGUGGUUAAAAUGUGGGAAACACUUUAUACUUUCUACUUUGUUAUCAGCAUACUAUAGCAUCUUAGCAAAACUAUGGUUUCUAAUGAUUUUCUGUGAUGAUUAAUUAUGUCUUGCUUUUAAAUUCCAUAUCGUCCAUGUUUGUAUGUGAUUGGUGGACAUCCCUUUACAGUCUUCUCUGUGAUUACUUCUUUGGAUGUUUACGACUAUGCCUCUGCAAUGGAUUUAUACUAUAUACGUUUUUUGAUGUUGGGCAUUAAUGCAGGGGGAUGAUUUGUAUUUGACAGAAAGAAUUUCGUAAAGCCUUGGACCUUUUUAUUUAAGUUUUGGUCAAGCAGGAAGAGAAAUAUGUAAUUUUUCCCUUUCUGGUAGUAUGAUUGAAGUUAAAAGCAAUUUAUUUUGUUUACCAUCUUUUACUAUGCUUUUAGGUAGUCAGAUCACCAAUGUCCACUUUAAAUGCUCUAGCAGUUGAGGCAUACAAGGACAUUCUAGUUUCACUUAUCAAGAUUGGGCAGGUCUAUUUUGCUACAUGUUACACCAUUCUUUAACUGCUAUCAUUCUUUUGGGUGUGGUGGCAGUUCAGACUUGUAGCAGCCACACUGGCCAUCAUUCUUACCCUGCUUUGUCCCUUUCACAUGCCCUCCAAAAUACUCUGCACUUUGAAUAGAGUUCGAAGAUCAUACUGAGUAAUUCAGAGCAGUAAUAUAAAAUUGAUUUUAUAGAUGGACCAAAAAUCACAUGCUCAUUCAACUUGACUGAGAAAAACAAUGGCUUCAAAAUGGGAAGAGAAUCUCCUUCGGCUUCCCCACUCAAUAAAUUGAACUAAAGCAAAAUUGAUAAACACGUACUCUAUAAAAUUUAACUACGUACUUGAGAAAACUGAAAUACGAGCAGGUCCGCGUGAGAGGUCCGCGUGAGAGGUCCGCGUUCUGCGUUUUGGGCGAUCAUUAAUGAGAGGUUAACGUUCUGGCCCUCACUUAACGAUAGUUAUGUAGAGUGAGGGUAGUUUAGAUGAUUGAGAUAUUUUUAUUUAUUAUUAUUUAAUUAAGUGGCUGUGUUUAGUAAAAAAUGGGUUGUGAAUAGAAUUACCCUUAUAAAUAAUUUCGUAUUAAGACUUUCCUGGGGACUGAGGGACUGCUAUGGUAUGCUCACAAGCGCGGGAGUGCCCCUCAUUUGCAACCUCGGCUAUCAGACUUCAAGAUCACCCCUUACGCCUUCUGCGUUGCUUCGCUUCCAAUAAUUUGAAGAGAAAUUAAGACCCCAACGGACCGGAGAUGGUCAAGAAAGAAGAUUCGGUUGUCCUGCUAAAGCUGCUCAAACUCGGAGAGGUCGAAGGCAAGUCGUUUGAAUCGAUUGUCGAAGAAGAGUUCAGAUCAGAAUUCGAACUCAUUCGUUAUCACAAAGCAUGUUAUACUCUCGCUUCAAUCCUUGAGCUCAAAGUACUUAAUCCCUCCAAGCGGUUAGUUGCCUUUGCAAUUAUUCGUCAAGCAUUUUCUUACCCAAAGUUCUCUUCAAAUCCCUUCAUGCCGUUUCUUAUCAAUGCCGCUUGUGAUGAGGAGGCUGAUAAAUGUGAAAGGGCUUUUAUUCUUCAUUUGCUGGGAUGCGCAACUAUAAAGGAGCAAUCAUACCUGCAAGCUGCUACAUCAUCUUUAACAACAUAUGUUUUAAAGAAGUCUUUUCAAGAAUUUAUGAGAAGUUGCGAUCCUUCAAAAUAUGAUUUUCCAACAAUUGAAGGUUUGCGAAAAAAGCUUAAGGUUAAUGAUUCACCAGAAAGGUUUAGCUCCCUGUUUGAUAAAAACUCUGAGAAACGUAAUUCCAGACCCUGAUGUGCCUACUGGCUGUGAUAGCGAUUCAGCAGACUAGUGUGGUUAAAUCCUGACGAUAAAGAUCAUCAUCUUCUUUGGGAUCAUGGAAUGUGUGGUGUGGAGUUAGUUGCAAAAGCUUUUAAGAGCCCGCUUAAUCCUUCUGAGCAAAAGCAAAUUCUGAUGGACUUGGAGAAGAACCCAAUGCUUGUGUAUCAUUGUGGUCUGACACCAAUAACAUUGGUGGAGCUUGUAGAGAAAAAUCCUUUGAUUGCAGUUAAAGCUCUUGUAAAGUUGGUGAAUUCCCCUGUGAUUGCCAACUACUUUACUGCUCUUGUUGACAACGAAAUGAGUCCACACUCGAUGGCAGUAGUUUACAAUCUCACACAAGCGGACAAUGUCAAACUGCCCACUGAAUUCAUACAUUCGUGCAUCACUAAGAGUAUCUCAUCGUGUAAGAACAUCAAGGACGACGAGUUCAGUCAGGAGAGACGAGCAAGGCUUGUCUGUGUCUUCAUUCAGAACUUGAUCCAGAAGGAUAAUUCUAUUGUUGGUAGAGAACUCUUGAAUGAAGUCCGAUCAUUUUGUAUGCAGUUCUCAUGGACUAGUGAGGCUGAUAAGCUCUUGCAGUUGCUUGGAAGUUGGAACAUUGCGGAAUAAUAAUAAUAAUCCUGCACGCAGAGAUCAGCCAAGGCAAAGGAGAAUAAGAAAAUAAAAACUCUUAGGUAGCUUAUGUAAAUCGAUCAUUGUCUUCCUGGCUUCGUGCCAGGUCACGUAGAUAAUACAAUACCAACACAAGUUCAUGAAUCUGAUCUGAUUUUUGCUCUGAUUAGCUCAUGAGAUUUUGUUCCAUUUUAGCUUGAUUAAAUCAUCUCAACGGGUAUUGCAUCAUCAUAUCUUAAUGAAAGAG